AAAUCUUGAACGCUAAUGAAAUUCUACCAGAAGCCAAGAGGUCGAUCGACGAGGCUUAUUGUUAGCAUUCGUUUAGGUAGUUCAUUCCCAAUCAUCCAGAAACGCGUUUCGUGCUACAGAAAGAGCAGGAUGGUGGACGAGACGAAACCAGCGAAGAAACGGGAAAUGAAAUGGGCGGCUAUUUUAUGGUACAUUUACAUACACGUUCUUGGAGUGUACGCUAUCUGGUUUUUGUUCACCUCUGCUAAAUGGUUGACCGUGAUCUACACGUUGUUUAUAACGAUUCUUGGUUGCCUCGGAGUGACAGCAGGAGCUCAUAGAUUGUGGGCACACAGAACGUACGAAGCCACAGGAUUUCUCAGGCUUUCCCUCAUGCUGUGUCACACCCUGGCAGGAGUUGGCUCAAUAUACGAUUGGGUAUUAUAUCACAGACUUCAUCAUAAAUAUUACGGGACCGAUAAGGACCCCUACAAUCACAAGAAAGGAUUUUUUUACAGUCAUUACGUAGGUAAUGCAUUGUCACCGAGUAUAGACUAUGACGAGAUGAAACGUGAGAUCGACACACGUGAUUUGGAUCAAGAUGGCUACGUCUGGUUGCAAAAGAAAUUCUACUGGCCGUUGUUCUUAAUAUUUGGACUGAUACUGUCACUGAACGUCCCGUUGGAAUACUGGGACGAGUCGAUGACCGAGACAAUACUGAUCACAGGAGUGCUACGAUUCGCCAUUACGGUGAACGUGUCCUGGCUGGUGAACAGCGCGCGUUUGGUCUGGAGCAUGGAAGGGAAAAAAAUGCCACCAUACAGCAUCAGCAUGUUCUUUCUGACCAAGUCAUUUUGGCCGGUGUAUCAUUACAUAAUCCCGUGGGACUGGAAAUGCGGUGAAUUCGGCUCGUACGCGUCCGGUUUCACCACGUUUUUCAUCAAAGUGUGGCACGACCUCGGUUUCAUUGAUUUGCCGCAAACAACCGACACCGAAGAUAUCAGAACUAUGCUCCACGAUGUGAGCAAGAAGAAAAUGACGUUUGCGAAUGGUCUCGAUAAACUGAAAGAAAAGUCUAUAUACAAAGCGAAGGAAGUGAAGCUGAUGGUUAAACAUUGAGUUUGGAAAUACGAGUCUGUCGGACUUGUUCAAACUUCGAAUGAUCGAUUUCAUUUUUCCUUCGCAACACGCGAUCACGCGCUUUCGUCGUCGUUCUUCGUCAAUGUCAUGUAUCGAUAAAUAAUUACUCUCAUCAAUGAACGUGAAACCUCCGUUGUACACUGACUAAUAAUAAUUUUUAUAACAAUGAAAGAUUUGUUCAAAUGAAACCGCAUGAACCUUCAUAAACUGAAAUCUCGUUCAACUGUUCCAAUUAUUUGCUAUUUUGUUUAUUUUAGAAAUUAGACUCAGUUUCAUAUAUCAUUUGCUAAUACUAGAUGUAAGGGAUUAAAACGGAAAACAAAAUAUAAAGAAUAAUGUAAGGCACUGAGGUCUAUUUCUAGGCCGAAAGGCUGAAAUAAAGAUUCAUUCAUUCGUUCAUAUAUUAUUUGCUAUCAGUAGACCGAUUUCGUGUCAAAAGAAUAAUGUGAAACAAUGACAACAGUCUUAGAUCACCAAAUUACGAUUUAACAAAAUUAGCAAUGUAAAUGAGAUUACAAUGAAUUCGGUGUCUGAAAUUUAGUCGCGCGAAGGGAGACAAGGGAAAAGAUGAGAAACGAAACGAUCAUACGCUCGUCAAAAAAAUGAGAAACUAAACGAUGCACGCUUCACCUUGUCGAAAUGAUACUUCCACUUGCAUUAGUACUUGAAAGAAAGAAACGUUAAGAAAAAGUAAAAAAGAGAACAGAGUUAACGGCAUGCUACGAAUUGGAAUUGGAAAUCAAUCGCUUCUUCCUGGUCUGGUAACAAAACAACAUAUAUUUGUCUCUUAAAAUCUGAUAACAUCACACAUAUUUAUUCAACGUUAAGUUUAAAUCUUAUGGAGGUAAUUUUGGAUAGUUCUUUGCUCAGUGUGGUACGUCUGCACAUAUUUGUACGUCUCAGGAAAGAGUUUAACGUAUUCGUAGUUAGCGAGUUACCUCUUUGCGCACAUAGAAACUAAAACACAGACACGUAGAAACAACGAGGACAAUCUCAUGGAAAAUAUUACCAUUUGAAAUAUCGAACGAUGCUGGUGAAGCAUCACACUUCUUGCCUUCUUUCAUACUCAAUUGCUCACCCUUUUCUGAGUUGGCAAUUAAGUUUGCACAUGUAUAUGUAGAUACACCCUCGUUUCAUCAUCGUAACGUAAAACCACACAGCUACCAUACAGCUUUUACUCGCAAGUGCACUUUUGGAAAACCAGAGGGAUGAAGGGAAUGAAGAAGUAAACACGGAAACGAAGGUUUUGUUCAGAGACACGUGGAUACAGUGAGGACAAAUUUUCAUACAUGUAGCGAAUGUUCUACAGAAGUAUGAGAGAUCGACGAGAUUGAGAAAGAAUUUCGUUUUGCCCAAAGCACAUUCUUGACAAAAGGAUUCGCCGAAAAGUUUGAUGAACGUAAGAAAAUGUUUCUGCUGCCUAUUGUUGCUUCUUUUCUUCAUAAUUUAAUAAUAAAUCCGAAUUUUAAGGACAAUAAAGAGAAUCCUUGUCUGGGAAUUUAUUAGCUAACUCCUUGAUCUUCUAAAGUGGAGAAAGAUAACAUUAUCGGGGAUGGAACGUUUUGUAGAAAGCGACGAAUAAUCACGAGUGCCCACAAUGGCGAAACCGUGAUAGGGAACUGAUAGUCAGUCACAUUAAGCGUAGAAUUUUUUUUUUUUUUUUUACAAUAUCUUUUUGCAGUUUGUUUGGAAAUAAUCGUACAAAUAUAUACGUGUAAAUAGCUACACACGACAUGCUCGUUUUAACGAAAAGUCACGCAAAUCCUUAUAUCGACCGACUUCUUUUUACAAUUAAAUUAUAUAAUAUACCUGUUAUAUUUUUUGCUACAACAAUGAAUAUCAUCGAGUUACAGAUAUUAUUUUGUAUUCUUCGUGCACUUUCUUGACAGAAAAUAAAUCAGCAAUUUGAAUGCUUCUCUUUAAAUGUUUCUUACAAGUCUUCCUCACAAAGUCUUCUUAGUCUUUAACCUUACAAAACGUGAAAUAACACUUCCUAACUUCGAGGUUCAUUUGUUAAAUUUCUUACACAUUUGUUACUGUGAUUCCUCCCCCCCCCCUCUCUCUCUCUCUCACUCUCCCCCUCUUUCUCUUUCUCUCUUUCCCAUUCUUUAUAUUUAACUCGAUUAAAACAAUGCAUUACAAUACUACAUAUCACAAAGUAUAAUACCAAUUUCCAAAAAAACGAGAAAAAUACUACUCUUUCUACAAUACGCAUAAAGAAAAAUCGCAAAAUACAUGGAAGAAGAAAAAAGAUUUACAGAAAGAUCAACUGAAGUUACAUGUUUCAUGCUCUUUUGCUUUCUAAAGAUAGAUUCGAUUCAAAACGAAUGUAAAAUCAGAGGAAAUGAAAACAAAGCAUUCCAAUAAUUCAUAGUUUUUUAAUUUCGAAAGCUUGUUAUAUUGUGACUACAUGCUCGAACGAAAAUAGAAAGGAAGAAAGGAAAGAGAAAAUGGAAACGAGUGUGUUUUAUAAUAAUAAGGUAAAUAUAAUAUUUGAAAGCGUUAAGGAAGAAUUACAGAAGGAAAACGCAGAAGAAGAAAUAUG